AUGCCGGUCGCAGUGGCCAUGGCGACGGGGCGGAGCAGAAGGCAACCGGUUCCCGUCGUCCCUCCCGGCAGACGGGCCGAGUGGGGCGGAAGUGUGUCAAAGCCUGGCUCACCUCGUCCCGCGAGCACCAGUUCCGCCUCCCUCGGUUGCCCAACCGCCUCGGCCAGUCGCCUAGCGCCGGAUCUGUCCUGCCGCAUCGCCCGAGUGCCGGGCCUCGGAGACGCGUCCGUCGGCCAGCCGGCCGGACCUCUCAGCACUUGGGCGGCGCCCGGUCCGAGAGGGAGGAGGGGCGGCGGCGGCGGCGGCGGUGGCGGUGGCGUGGUCCGAUCGCGUCCUGCGUCCGGCCGGCCAGAAACCGGUAGCGCCGGCGGAGCGGGCGGCGCGGAUGCCGGUGCCGCCGUGGCCGGGACGGGCGCCGGCUGCUGGACGAGCAGAUGA